AAAACUAGAAAGGCUGCAGAUCAUCAAAUGGAGUCAUUCAUAAGCAAAUAUGAAAGUUUGGCAGCAAAGAGAUUCCGCUAUUCAGAAGUUAAGAGAAUGACAAAAUCAUUCCAAGAAAAACUGGGACGAGGAGGGUAUGGAAUUGUCUACAAGGGAGAAUUGCCUAAUGGGGAACUAGUUGCAGUGAAGAUCUUGGGUGAAGCUACAGGAGACGGUGAAGAUUUUAUUAACGAAGUUGCUAGCAUUGGUAAGACUUCUCAUGUCAACAUAGUCACACUCUUAGGUUUCUGCAUUGAGGGAAAGAAAAGAGCUUUGAUCUACGAGUUUAUGCCAAAUAGUUCCUUGGAUAAGUUUCUUCAACGUGACGAUGGAUCUCAUUUGGACUGGAACACAUUAUUCCAAAUCGCAAAAGGGAUUGCACGAGGCCUAGAAUACUUGCACCAAGGUUGUAACACAAGAAUUGUUCACUUUGACAUAAAGCCUCACAACAUUCUGUUGGACAAAGACUUUGUUCCAAAAAUAUCUGAUUUCGGUUUGGCUAAGUUGUGCAAGACGAAAGAGAGUAUCGUGUCUGUAAUGGGUGCAAGAGGUACUGCAGGAUACAUGGCCCCUGAAGUAUUUUUCAAGAACCUAGGAGGGGCAUCCCACAAAUCCGAUAUUUAUAGCUAUGGGAUGAUGGUUCUUGAAAUGGCAGGUGUACGUAAAAACCAUAAUGCCAGCAAGACAAGCACAGGUGAAUCAUUUUUUCCAGAAUGGAUAUAUAAGCAAGUGGAAACAGAAGGAAAUUUAGGGGAUUAUGGGGUGACAAACAAAGAAGAUGAGGUCCUUGCGAGGAAGAUGAUGCUUAUAAGCCUGUGGUGCAUUCAGUCAGACCCAUCUGAACGACCCUCCAUAAGUAAAGUUGUGGAGAUGUUAGAAGGAAGCUUUGAGUCAUUUCAAAUUCCGCCUAGACGUUUUUGGACAUCUUCGGCAAUGCCUUCCCAAGGCCUUACCCCGUUAACCACACAAAGUUCAACGAGUGAGAGACUAUUAACAGUGCAGGUUGUGGGGGAAGAUUUCACUUAAAUAGUAGUAGUGAACUUAAUUAUCUGUAAGGUAUGACUGUUAUGUAAAGUAAAUCAAUUGUUAUGA